UAUUUCAAAUUACUAUUAAUUUUUUCAUUAAUUGAUAAUAUUUUAAAUUAAUUUUCUUUCUUUUUUUUAAAAUACAAAACCAGUUUGCCCAACGUAUUUCGUAUUUGACUACCACAGACAUUUUUUUAAAGAAACAUGGUUAUUCUUUUAUGUAUUGUAGUUUCAGUAAUUUUAAAUGUAGCAACCAGUCUUCCUAUGGCACAAAACUCCCGACAAAAACUUGAGGCAGAGGAAUGCAAAGAUAUCACGUGUUUUAAAAGAGAGAUAAGUUCAAUAAAAAAGAGAAUAUUUCUUACACUUGGUACCGCAUAUGUAGCAAAUAAGGCAGUGGGAAUGGUUGUAAAUCCAAUAGUAGAGAAAGUGUCUAGUUUACUGUAUAGUGCAGCUACAGGAGCAUGGUCAUUCGGUAAAAACUUCUGGACCGGUGGUUCUGGUACCGAAACCGUAGUAGAAGGAGAAGCAGAGAAAGAAACCGACGUUGGUGGGGACGCUGAUAAAAAAGAGGCAGAGGAAGAGGUUACUGAUGACAAAGGAGAGGCAGAGGAAGAGGUUACUGAUGACAAAGGAGAGGCAGAGGAAGAGGUUACUGAUGACAAAGGAGAGGCAAAGGAAGAGAGCGAUGCUGAUAAAGGAGCAGCAGAGGAAGAAAAUGUGGAGAAAACCAGUGAUGAUGGAGAGGCUAAAGAAGCUAAAUAAGCCACUUACAUUUCAAUAUUAAUAAAAAUAAAGAAGUCAUUAGUUUUUUAAAA